AUGUCUGAAUUUCUCCCAGAAGAAUUAGCCGUUGAGAUACUCGCGAGGCUAUCGAUGAAGGAUCUGGCUCGAUUCAAAUGCGUCUGCAAGACAUGGAGAGAUCUUAUCAACCACCGUGGCUUCACCGAAAGGUACAGAGACAUUUCUCCGGCGAAGUUCUUGUCAUUUUACGACAAGGGCUUCUACUUGCUUGACUUGGAAGGCAAGAAUAAGGUUAUUACAAAGCUUGAUUUCCCUUUGGAACAUCAGUCGAUGAUCGAUGAAUCCGUAUGUGUGCUUCAUUGUAAUGGGACGUUAUGUGUCACAUUAAAGAACCACACUUUAAUGGUUUGGAAUCCAUUUUCGAAGCUAUUCAAGAUCAUACCAAAUCCCGGUAUAUGUCGAGAUUCAAACAUCAUUGGCUUCGGUUAUGAUCCGGUUUCUGAUGAUUACAAAGUCGUAACGUUUAUCGACCGGAUUGAUUCGAGCAUGGCACAUGUUUUCGAAUUCAGAACCAGUUCUUGGAGAGGGAGCGUACGGAUUCCUUGUCCUGAUUGGCAUUACAGAGAGAGAAGAGGUACCUUCUUUGAUCAAUGCCUCUAUUGGAUUGCGUACCGGUCUAAUGUCGACCGGUUUAUCCUAUGCUUUGAUCUCUCAACCGACGAGUACCGGAAAUUUCCUCUCCCGGUUUACAACCAAGGCGUGACGUGUUCUUGGUUAGGCGUUACAAGCCAAAAAAUUUGCAUUACAGAGUAUGAACCGUGCGAGAAGGAGAUUUGGAUUUCGGUUAUGGAGAAAACCGGAUCAUGGAACAAGAUUAUAAGCCUUUCGAUGUCGAAUUUGAUCACUGUACAAGAUCGGAUAUGCGAUGAUCAAGUCGAGUUCGUGGCCUUUACGAAAAAGAACGAUCUGGUCGUAACACUCACUAGGUGUUACGAUGAUAUCGAUACGGAAUAUGAAAAAGGUACGAAGAAGAAGGUGUUCUUGUACAAAACCGGAGCCGAGACAUUUGAACAAGUCCGGUUAUGUAACUCUCUAGCCGGGUUUCGGUUUCUCAGUGAAUAUGUAGAGACUCUUGUGAUUAGUAAUUGCAUAUUUAUAUGA